UUGUCUAUUACCUUGACUGAAAGGCCAUACAUCUGAGGAAAUUUCCAAUGAACUGAGGGAGUAGUUGAAGAAUACUAUACAAUUCAACCAAAUUUGUUCCAUUUUGAUGAUGGGUAAUGAAAAUGGCAGGGGAAUCACAGCGUAUUAUCUUCUAUCCGUCUCAAGAACCCUUACCCACACCUUCACCAUUUACGUUCUCCGUUGCUGGUUCUACCACUUUGAGUUUGAGUUCUCAACCCGCUUUUCGUUACGCAAAUCUGUUUCUCCGGUUUGGUGGCUUUCUCUUUUCUUUCAUCUCUGCAAUAUGUCUUGUUUUUCCCUCGCCUCAGUACAGAAAUUAUGAGCCUUCUACUUUCCUUAAUACCGCUGAACUAACGUACUGUUUUAUUGUAUCAAUAUUGGCUUCAAUUUACUCAGCUUAUCAACUCUUCAAAGGAGUAUGUGACAUUGCAUAUAGAGCACGUUUUAUCUCCGACAAGAUGUCAGAUUACUCCAGCUUCAUUCUUGAUCAGCUGGUGGCAUACCUUCUCAUUUCAUCAUCUUCUAUAUUGGUACUCACUAUACAUCGAAUUAUACCUACAACAUCAGUUUGGAAGUCUGCGGUUGUCUCUGCGAGUAUGUCGUGCAUCACGUUCGUUAUAAUCGCCAUUUCUACCCUUCAGUCAGGUUACAAACUUUGUAAAAGACUUAUUUGGUGAUUUAUUCCUCCAUUUCUAAAGGUUGGAUUGAGGAUAACUUGAAAUCCAAUACUAUUCCUACACUUUCUGUGUGUGAAAGAGACAUUCCUAUUUUGAGAAUCAUUUUAGGAUUCCGAAAUUUCACUUAUCACAUUGCUCGGAAGGGAAGUUAAAAGUUAAAACAGACAGAUAUUUGGUGGUAUUUUAUAAUAGUUUAGUCCCACAUUUUUGCCUUUGGUUUAUAUUCCUCCAUACCAGUCUCACUAGCAUCGAGUUAAGCGUACAAGAUCUGCCCCAUUUUUUGUUUUUUUUUGCAUGCAGGUUGUUGAUGUGAUUUUGUUUUGGCAAAACGCAUAAGUGAAUCUGGUCUGUGAUCAGCAAAAUAGGUAUAGGUAAUUAUCAAGUGUAAGCUCAGCUGGUAGUCUUGUUUUAACCAGCUGGUCUGUGGAAAAAAAAAAAAAGCAAAACCAAUCAACUGUGAAUGGAAAAGGCUCAUAGUAUUGAGUUUGAAGAAUUUUGUGGUAGCUGAUAGCCAAUGUAGGGCUGCAAUGGCAAGACUGCUAAAGCCAAAUUUUCAUAUACUUUUUGUUUGGCUGAUACGGCUAUUAGUUUUGAGCAUCCAAUUCACAGCGAAUUGGAACCUAAUACCAUAUAAACAUAGUUGUCACUAUCAGUGUGGGACUAUUUUUAAGCGCAUGUCACACCUUAAGACUAUCAAGUCACACAACUCACCUUAAUCCCCUCACGCUCUUACAUUCUGCUUUCUUUAGCAAUGCUAUGACUUCUUCCUUCUGUCACCUCCAACCACUUCCAUCAGGGAAAGCCAUAGCCAUGAAGGAAGCUGCAAGCCAAUGUUUGAAAAAAGGAUUUGGACACAGUCUAUCGGUGCAUAAAGUCAGAUUGCCAUUGGUCCGUAAGUUUGGCACAUUCAAUAAUCAAUUACACAUGCAACGCCAUUUUUAUUUUUCUUUCCUUCCAAAGCAACAGUUAAAAAACAAAAAACUAUCAAAAUGAAAACCAAAAAUUACAACUGAAACGUUUUUGCUCCUAAGAAAUAAAAUGCAUAUAGGUCCUGUAAUCACCAUUUUGUAUGUAUUUAUUUACAGAAUGACAUUCCGUGUGACCCUCAACCAAUCAAGUGUAUUAUCUAUAAGAAGAAAACAGUGCAAGCAAUUUCCCCAAUACAGACAAUUUAUUUCCGACAAGUUCAGUCUUAUUGAAGGAGGUUAUACAAUGCACCUAUUCUAUGUUGUAAAAGGAGCUAGGCGCCAAGCCCAUCGCCUGGCCUGGCCUUGGGCUUAAGCGCUGCCAAAGGCGCACGCCUUUUACAACAUAGCACCUAUUAGUUUACUUUACUUUACUUUACUUUCUCUGAUAGCCAUAAUUAGAAUCUGUCUAUAGCUCAUAUCUAGUAAACCAGUUUACAAGGUGGGUCAGCCGCAUGAAAUAGACAUGGUUUUAGUGUUUUCCAUGCAUGUUGUCAGUUGCAUAAGGUUUCUUUUUGCAGCAUUUCUUUUGAAUUAUGCAAUACACUCAUUGAUUCAGCUCUAUAUGGUUUUUCAUUAUCCUUCUCUAUGCUGCAGCAUUUUCCCUUUUCUUUUGGUUCAUAUUUACCGGUUGCACCACUAUUUUAUUUACCAAUGCUGGAAUUAAUCCGACUAAUCCAAACUACAAAGCUUCAAAUUUUUUGCAACUCUUCCAACUUCAAGCAUGUUUGGGUUUUUGGAUUAUGGGAAUGUUUUGCUCUAUAGCACUUUGCGUGACCCUUUCUUUGGUUUUUAUUUUUCGGUCUGAUAAGGGGAUACUCUUAUGUGCACCAUCUUGAUGCGUUCAAGUCUUGAAGAGGACUUCUGGUGUGGCAGGAAGUUCUCCACUAUAAUGAGAACAUAAUCACAGCAGGAGGUUCGUAUCCAGUCGAUCCCCUAAGUACAGGCUCAACAACCAUGGGAAGCUUGCUGCAGCUCAAACUCAAUUCCUUCUUGACACUCUGGUGAGUUUGACACUAAGGCCUUGGAUAAGGCUUCCAGGUUCGGACUGUCCCUUGCUGUCAAGCCUUGAGUGUUCGUCUUCUGAAUAUUCAUUGUCUGGAAAUGAUCUUAGGCCCGUUGACCUUGUCUUUUGUUGGUGGAAAUACAGAAAAUGAAUAUAUAACUCAUACAACAAAAUGGAAAAUACUACGACUUGAAUUGUACUGUAAUGGUCAUAGUCGAUCUCCUACAUGCUUUAACAUAUCAAAUUAAAAGAAA